UAAUUUGAAAUAGUGUCGUUACUAAAUAUAUAGUUGUCACCUCAAUCGUUUUAAACCAAUUUUUAUUUAUUAUUAUUUUUUUAAUAUUGUUAUUUUGUUUAUAUUGCUAUGAAAAAAAUAUGAUGAGGAUAAUUAUACUAUAGGCGACAUCUAACGGGAAUUGGUGAGAUCAUAGUUUAUAUUAGUUGCCAUAACAUACGCGAAGGACAUGCGCGUACAUUAAACAAUAACAAAUUGAGACAAUCAAAAGGAUGAAGGAGUUAUACCAAGUUUAUGUUGAAAAAUAUUAGUUUCCUAUGUGAAAAUCAUUGAAAAUUCGGAAUUGUUAUAAAUAAUCAAGUGAAAUUUAAAAAACAAAACAACUAAAUAAGAUAUAUACUAUAAAUACAAAUUGUAUUUCCUGCAAAAUGCGUGAAUCUUAUGGUCCGGACUUCGAUAAUCGUCUGAUACGUUUAGUGCGAGACAAUCCGGCAAUAUAUGAUGUCAACCAUGAGCAUUACAGGCGCUACCAAGUUCGUAUCGCAAUCUGGGAAAGAAUUGCUGCAGAGAUGCGAACACCGUCCAAAUUUCUACAAACCAAAUGGAAAAACAUUCGAUAUAAUUACUUACAAGAGCUUAAAAGCUUGGAAACGGGUCUGGCAAAUGUGAAUAUAAGAAAGCGUCGGUUUACAGAAGACCUAUCCUUUUUGCAAAAUACAGCACAAACUUACAAAAAAGUGCAACAUUUGAACUCAUCAUAUAACAGUUCCGAUAAUGAUAGCAACAGCUUCAUGUAUAAGGACCCACAAAACACCAACACAUUUGAAAUUAUCGAAAUAGAACACAGUGAUGAUGGCAGCGCAGCUCGAGAAUAUAAUGUUGAUGUCUCUAUGCCGUCCCAGCAAAUAUACGACGGUGAAAAUGUUUCCUUACCUACGGACAAUGAUUGCUGCGAUGACGAUCAAUUACUUACAGAAUUAAAUAUUCCAACCAAAAUUGAAAAAUCAAAUGGAGCAGAGCAUGAUGUUACAACUGAGCAUAAAUAUUUAUCAACCUCUCUCUCACCUCUUCAAAAGGCGGAAACUGUUAGUUCAAACAUCCAGGUGCCAAUGGCACCUCCAUCCCCGUCUCAUUCAAAUGCCUCAAGUCCUACGUCGCAAUUACUAACACCAAUUGUAGUUAUGGAUGAGGAACGGAAUAAUGAUAUCACAUUGGAUCCAAUACCGAAGCAAGCAGUAACGGCACCAUUUCAAAGGCAACAAAAUGAUAUUACAAGUAAUGCGUCAAAACGAAAGUCCAUGCCGGCACCGUUUCCCGUACUGACACCUAUUAAUGAUCCAAUUGAGCUAUAUUGCCUCUCUUUAGUAGAUAGUUUGCGUAACAUGCCACGCCCAGAAAGGGAGCGCGUUAAAUUUGAAUUUGCCAAAAUACUUAAAGACGCCAAGUAUAAGGAUCAAAGUUAGUUAUAAAUUCAUAUUGUAUUAUUUAAUAUUAUUUUUUGGUAACCUUAGCAUAUUCGUAUAAUAUUCAUUUUCAAUUAUACCGCUGUAAAAUAAAACCCAUUCGUGUAAUAAAGAGUAACACAUUUAUAAGCCCGAACUGCAGCCCCAAUGUGUGAAAAGUCAUGCUAAAAAUACCAA